AUUUUAUAUCAAUAUUCAUUCAAUAUGCGUAUCCUUUGUCUCCAUGGUGCUGGCACCAACUCCGAGAUCUUUAAAAUCCAGCUUGGUCCUGUAAUUCACCAUCUCCUCCAAGAUGAUCCAACACUUUCGUUCGAGUUUUACGAUGCAGAAGUAGAAUGCCCUCCUGCUCAAGGCAUCGAAGCAUUAUCCGAGGGACCUUUUUACCAAUGGUACUUAUGGGACCAUUUACAGAAGAUCCCACCGGCCCAAACCGCCACCAACGCGAUCGACAACGUCCUCGACAUAAUAGCAGAAGAAGGCCCCUUCGACGGUGUAGUCUGCUUCUCCCAAGGCGCAGCCAUAACAGCAUCCGUGCUCGCACACUACUCCAAAAAGAACCCACUCGAGCCCCAGACCAACUUAUUUAAGUUUGCAAUGUUUAUCUGCGGCUCUAAGCCCUUUACGUACGAUGGCAUGAAUCGUAUAGAUCAGUGCGGCAAGCCUGUUGUUCAGAUACCUACGGUGCAUGUGGUGGGCAAGAAGGAUCAAUGGUAUAAAGAGAGCCUGGGGUUGUUUGCGCUUUGUGAUGCUCACUCUGCCAAGAUUUAUGACCAUGGGCAGGGGCAUUCGUUGCCGGUCAAUCCUCAGACGACCGGGGUUGUGGCGCAGAUGUUUAAGAAUUUGAGCGCGAAGGCAGAUUUUGCUUGUUGA